AUGGACACACUAUUAUGGUACGCAAUCGCUGAACUCCUACUUUCUAUUCACAUUUCAUUUUCGAACUUGUUGGUUUUAUGGGUUUAUAUCAGGUCAAAACAUGUUCGGACGGUUACAAACACAUACAUAUUCUCACUGGCACUCACUGAUUUUUUGGCAGGCGCCCUCGGCAUCCCUCUCACCGUCGUUUCCGUGAUGACUCGAAAGCCUCGAACAUUCUACGGAUGUCUGUUUGUUCACCUAAUCCUCUGCAUUCUAUGUACUAUUUCUACAUUUCAUAUGUUGGCAAUUGCAAUCGAUAAAUAUGUGACGAUUUGUUGCAGAGAUCGAAUUUUUUCCUCACGACGAAAACGAGCAAUCUUCUUGUUGACAUGCUCUUGGAUACUUGGUCUUCUGGUCGCGAUCCUACCACUUUUCAAUGUUUUUGGGUUUGCUGAAACUCAAUCGCUAUUCGUGAAAAAUGGAGAAAUGUGUUAUUUCACAAUGGUCGUCGACUAUCGAUAUUUAGUUUAUGUCAUCUUUUUCUCAACAAUUCUGGCGCCAACUGCAAUUAUUGUGCUACUGUAUUCAAGUGAAAUGUCUGCUCAGACAAUCGGAAAGAGAACGAAGAAUGGCUGGAAGAAGGAAGUUGAUACGGAUUCUAUUGAUUUUGGUCGUUUCUUAUGGAAUUUGUUGGCUCUCCGAGCAUUCUUCAACAUCCAAACGGACGCUAACACCUGUGCCAACUACUCUUGCUAUAUGAGAUCAACUGGAAAUCAGAAGCAAAGAAGUAUCAGUGUACGUGGCAUGCCUUAUGAGCACUCUUUGGCGGCAAUUCGAAAAAUUAGUGCUCCAACGCCUGUGAUGAUCGAUAGACAUCGCUCUAGGAGGAGACAAACUGUCGAUCAUAUUGAUUUAUGA